UCUGAUGUGAUUGUAGACUGUGACAGACUCAGUGAAUGAUGUCUAAAAUCUUUGCGGACGGCAUGAGCCUGUAAAAGAAAAGAAAGAGUGCUGAGUGAAGUGUUGAACUUGAGGCUGACGAACUGUGCGACAUGUUUUGCAGAUUCCAAUAUCCGUGCGAGAAUUUAUCCAGUUACACAGUUUGUGGAUGUUAUUAAUAGUGAAAGAAAGACAACUGACGCCUCCUCCUUAGCGAUUACCGUCUAGCCCUGGGCAGAGCGUCUCCUGUUCCACAAGACAUGUAGUUCCUCCAAUCGACAGUGGCGUGUUUUGUGAGGUAGAGCUAGAAGAGAUACGGCAUAAUUCCUUCUCAAGAACCCUGGGAGUGUCGUAGUAUCCUGCGCGAUGACUGCACAAAGUCGAAGCAACCUCUAACAUUACCGCUGUGAGUCGAUUGGCAUAAGGAACGCGUUGUGCUACGCCAACUAAGGAAACACUCGCCACGUACAGUAUAAUAUUUCAGUUCGCCAGUCACCUGUUUGGCUGGAUAUUCGGCGAUAGUUUGCAACACCUACACACACCGUGUGGGAGGUUUUCAAGGUACCAAUCCAGAAACCAUCAAGAUCACAAGGCCGUUUCCAUACUCUAGCGCCCGAAGAUGAUGACCGAUAUCAACGUCAUCGUGCGUGAAGUGGCACCUUCGCAUACCAUCGGUUCCAUCGAUGAAAUACCUAAGCGCAUGCGAGAAGCUCUAGAUCGUGAGGAAGCUGCUAGCAGAUAUACAAAUCCAGCAGCCUUCAGCAGAGCUGCAUCGUCACUGCCUCGUCUAAACGAUGAUCAAAAAGCAAUCAGCGCCAUCGAUAAGCGUCGAAAGCAUCCGCCGCCUCACCCGAAGCCGUGCGCGUGGAACAAGAGCGGUAUGUGUCAGGAUAGUCACGGUCUUCCCAUGUAUCUCUCACCUCGACUGGUGUACGGUGAGAGUGCGCGUUUGGCAAAGACCAGCGGUGGACGGAAAAGCAGCAACGAAGGCAGUUCUAACCUGGCUCAUACAGAAGUCGACACCCGCCUUUCCCAAUCAGCCUUGCAGAUUUCAAACAAUGAGGAGCCUAGUGCUGUCAGCAUAUCAACUACAUCCUCAGCAAACGUCCUGACAGACUCCCGGCUUGCUAUGGAUUCGAGCACUGGUAGCCUAGCAUCACCGAGAGGUACACUUCAAGAAGUGGCCGCAUCGGACCGCGAUGGAGCAGACGCACCAAAGCCGUGGCAGAAGCGGCCCCAAGCCAAACCCAGCGAGGCACUCCUGGAGCUGGAAGUGUACCCUGGUUUCGACCCGGCGGAACCCUCGCAACUGCCUCAGAACAUCGAUGUUUUGCAGCAUUUACGCCGGAUAACAGCGUGUCAAAAGGAUCUGCGGAAAAAGCCCCGCUUCAGGUCCGAAUGGGAAGUAUUCUUUUACUCGGAUACGAGCGUCACAAUGUUUCUCGACUACUUCUGGUGGAUAUUUCUACAACACUUCAAGAAUGGCCGCGAUCGGGUGACGCUAGGCUUAAUCUUCUCCCGCGUAUCAGACUGCUACAUGGAGCUGCUACGCGCUAGUGAUUAUCUGCGCUUCUCCGAUGCGCUGCAUGAUCGCUUACCUAUCUACCUGGCUCAAGCCGUGUACAGUGCGUACACGCAUGCCUUCCCAUCCGCCGCUAGUUACUUCAACACUGACUUCAAAGACCUGAUCUCCAGCGUUCUCUUCACCUGGGUCUCAGGUGUGACGCCGAUCCCGUACAACUGGCGCUCCUGGCCAUUCGACAGCCUAGACUCGACGAGCAUGCAGAAGUUUGUUUCUGAUAAGGACAGGGUGGAAGAGGAAGAUAAGAAUCGCCUGACAGCUGCAGAAGAGAUUCAACAGGUAUUGGAAUAUCUAGUCGAUGGUACUCAUCCCAGUGGGCAGCUGUUAGGUCAUAGCAAAGUAAUGCCAGACAAGGGCAAGGCUGAACAACUACGGGCAAGGAAGCGAGACCUGAUCUCCAGUUUGCCAGCCAUGGACAGCUUCCGUCGGCGAAACCGUGAAUUACGGCGAAGCAACGAGUGCGAACAAAGUGACGCAUCCGUCGGUGGUGCAAAGGCAUCACGAAAGACGUCGCAUCACAAACGCAGCAUGACAGAGCCGCCGCAUACUCUGAAGCCGGUGCAUUACAAGCAGGCAGAAGAAAGCGACGUGUACCUAGAUGAAACAGGCGAUGAACAACAACGCCCUAGGAGAAUGUUCCUCUCCAGUAAAGGCUUGCCUGUCUCACGAUCUAGCCAUGAGGAAUUCCUGGACAGUGAUGAUCCGGAAGCACAAGACCAUGCAGUACCGGAGAUUCUUAUCGCUGGUGAUACAGACGAAGCGACGGAGACAAUUUCUGACAUCAAUCUCUCGGUCCCUGUUUUGACCGUCACAGGCCGGAAGAACAUGUUGAAUGAAGGCUGGGGAAAAGCAACACAAGCAGCCAAACACAAGUCUGUCCCUUCCCUCGCACGGGUGCAGACCGGGCCUCGGAGGCGUCCUGCAGCUAGGCGUUCGACGCGGGGCUCCUCAAGGCAACCGGGCACACGUACUGGAACACAGGAGAAAACGCCACAGUCACUGGCUUACCCGCCAGCGCAGGCUCCCGGAGCAGUGUUUUCACAAUGCCUUUUCAAGACACACGCUUACAGUCCACUAGUGCAGCAUUAUAUGGACAGACUGGGCAGGAGUCGUGGGAACAAACCGCAGCCGUGCGUGCGCCGAACUCAGCUCACCAAGCUGCCGCAGAAUAUUCCUGGUACUGAAAGCUAUCUCUCUGAAGCGGAUAAGAUCGGGCAAACCAUGGAAUCUAAUCACAGAAACUUAGAACAAGUGGUGCAUGGCAGUGAGGCUCGCCACCAUCAGAUGCUCAAGAACAUGGAACAUGAUGAUGAAGUCAUGCAGAGACACAUUCAGCGACUGCUUUCUCAGAGAGACCUGGUCGAGUCUAUCACGAAGAUGAUGAAGGUGGAGACGUUGAUGGAGUGUCACAGUACGGGCAUGUUCUACAUGCAGAAUCCCGUCCGCCCGUCGACGCGAGCUAUUCGCCGUGCCCUGAAGCUCGACAAGCCGAGCGGACCAGUGCGUUAAGAAUUGCGCGGGGACGUCAGCCGCUGGCAUGCAUGCGUGUGUACUGAUAGACGUCCGAUUUCUUCCGACGUACAUAUGUGCAUACAACCUGUGGGCCUGUCUUCGUGUGGCGCGCAGUGGCAGGAAUUUUGGAGCAUUAUCAAGUGAUCAUCACUUGUAUAUUGUGCCCUGUCUCACUGCAGCAUGCUGUAAGUCGCCAGAAACUUGAUUCCUUAUAAUUGAACAAACUGAAAUACUGAAGUAUCUUCAAAACAAGCAGGCAAUCCUCUUUUUUACCGAAAUUUGUAACACCACUGUGGCCUUUUCAUUCUUACUAGCGUCUAACCGGCAGCAUGUGAAUAGUCCCUGGGCUGUACUGCGUGGACCGAGUUGUUUGCAUGGCGAAGCCAAGGACUGUCUGUGUGUUACGGGGUCGGACGUUAAAUCCUCUGUACAUCAAACCUCCUUUCCUUGCUUCUUGACUUUGCUCUCGCAGAGCUCAUGUAUUCUUGAACACAGUCUCAACAUGAUUUGAAAAAGAGAAUACGUUCCCAAUGGACUCGAAUAGUAUGGCCUUAUGUCUCCCUCCAAGAGUUUUCAGCACUAAACACACAUUUGUAUUAUAUUAAAGCAUGCUGUUACUUUCAAACUUCUCCGCAUUCCGAGCUAUGCAAUUUCUUCACGACAUUCCAUACCUAGGGCACACAGACAGGCAUCAACUUUAAAAGUUGCUCAGCUCAUUCCCAAACCGCCAUAAGCAUACAGUCAUUGACUUCAUGGUUUCUUCGCUGCAUUUGCACUACUCGAAAUAAAGUUUAACGAAUGGAUAUCAACGGAAAUUGUUCGGCCUGCGAUCAUCCUUGACCAUCCAGUCCCAUCCCUGGGAAAGACGAUCAUUAUAAUGAUUUUAUGUAUGUUUAAAUCAUAACGGGACAUGUUAAAAUAAUAAUGUAAAUCUCCUGAA